AUGAGCAAAAUAGAGGAGAAUCAAGAUACACCAGAAAACACGACCCAAACAGAAACGAACCAAGAAACAGAAUUACAAACACCGAAAACCGAGCCUAAAGUUGAUGGGAAUAAAGCGCAAACUGUAGUAACACCUAGCAAGUGGCCUUUGAAACCUGGUGUGCUAGUCCACGUAAAUUCCAACCAUACUCUAAGUCCUAAGAAUCAAGCAAGAUUACAAGCAGCCAAUGAAGAAUCUAACUUAGGACUGUUAGAAAGAAAUAAGACUGAAGAAAAAUCACCGCCUAAAGUGGAAUAUUCAAAGAAAAAUGGGAAACCACGGCAGAAUGUCGUAUCAGUUGUGUCGUUCAAAAGACCUGAUAGAAUAGUAACUACUAGUGCCAAGGUCAAACCAUUUACUGAUGAGGAACCGAAGACAACAAGAAAACGGAAAAAGCCAGGUGACAGCCCACCUUCGAAUGGCGUAGAUAAUGCAGCAAACGGCAACCUUGGAACGGACAACCCAGGUCUCUACGAGAACCUGCCGUUCCAUGGACUACAACAACCACCCAAUAAGGCGAUACAACCGCGAGUGAUAGAGACUAACUCUAAAACAUCGAAAGGAAUAGAAGCUUUACAAAAACAACUGACUACAAACCCAUCGUUCACACCAAGACUGGUUUGCCCACCAUUUGUCCAAAACGCCAUAGGAUACCCCAUGGCCUCGAACUCACAGUACUCUUACGGAAUACCAGUACUAUCUCCUAUACAACAAAUGUAUCCAUUGCAUCAAACAGUUUUGCUCAACCCAUAUCUGCCUCCGAUGCAAACAUCAUUCUUAAAACAAUUCCCAACUAUAGACGAAGAAAUACCUGAAGGCGAUAAAAGAAAAUUUUCUUCGUUAAACACAAGAGUCCAAAGAAAAUCACCACAGUUCCAAUCUAUGAGAGUUGUGAGAAAAAGGAAUAUUGAAAGAUUUUACCCUAAUACAGAAUAUGGAGAAAAUUUCAACGAAAUCAAUAAUAAUGAUAAUAAGAAUGAAAAUCCAACUCCUGUUACUGAAGAUUCCAUUUAUGUUAACUGUCCAUCUUUACUUAAAGUCAAAUCUAAUAUAUCUGGAGUUGAACAGUUUGAGAAUUUGACAGAUUCCAUACAAGUUUAUGAAGAACCUGACUUAAGUCAGUCUACUACUUCUCUAAACCGGCCAGUACCGGCUCCUCGUACAAAAAUAUCUCCAUUAAAAUCACCGUCUAAAACAGAUCAUGUCUAUGUUAAUCUUUCUAUGCCUUUAAUAAACACAAAGUUUUCAAAAUCCAUUGAUACCAUCGAUGCUCCAGUCCGUCCCACAAAAUCCGCCGAAGACAUAUCCAAAAUGAAAUUCGAAACUAAGUCUGAUGAACAAGAUGAUAGUGAUGAAGAAAAAGAUUCUGAUGAAGCAAAGGCUGAUAUUUCUAAGCCAAAUAUUAUAGGAGCUACUCCUAAAAGAAAUUUAUCUGGAACAUUACCAUCUACUUCGCUAGUUAGAUCUGUAGUGAGGCAGUUAAACGAUGAAGGUAUCAACAAAGUUGGUUUACCAAAGAAACAAGUGAUAUCACCAAAUAAAACGCUACAAAUACCAAAGUUAACUGAGAAACCAAUACCAAAACGGUCAGUUGUAAAACGUAGUCAUUCGGUACAAAGCUCUCUGACAGUGGACAGUGAUAACGGUCAGAAUACUAACAUACUCCAACAACAGUACAUGCAAAAACGUAACCACUUCACAAACUUAAGUAACAAAGGAAAGAACAAGAAAAAUUUUCAAAUACCGCUUCAAAAACAUCAUAGCUUUUGUUAUUUUCAACCAAUAAGGGUCGAUAAAAGAAUCCCUGUCGACCAGGAGAGGUCUUACAAUAACACGAUAGGACCUCUCAUUUACCAACCUUCUGAAGCACAGUACUACACAAAGACAUUGAACAGAACGAGAGAAAAGAAUAGUCAGAAAUUGAAUCGCUUGAAAAAAUCUGAAAGCUUAAGAGAGAAACUCUCCUGUGUCGGGGUUUACGAUAACUAUCAAAAGCCAGAUUACCCUGAGCCAGAAUAUAAUGAGUCAGAGAGGAAAUCAUAUUUACAGUUACUAAAAGGCAACUACAUAUCAAAUUCAACGAGAAAUUUGGGUCCGGAGAAUUUUAGCUCGAAUUAUUCGGGUCCAAAAGAUGAAAAGCCUAAACAAAAAAAGUUAGUGUACGCUGAUUUAGCUUUAGGUAAUCAUAAUAUGAAGUUUAAAAACACUGUCAAUUCUAAUAGACAUUUGUAUGAUACUUAUACAGUAGGUUCAGAUAGUGCUAAUAAAGAUACUAACAGUAGUUAUAAGAAUACGUCUAGUACUCAAAGGAAAGGUGGCCAAGCGCAGCCUAGGAGUGAUUAUGCCACUCUAAAAUUUAAUGAGAUUGAUGUCUGA